AUGGGAACAUUUGUGAGGAAGCUGGAUGGGUACCAGGCAGAGGAGAGUGUCACUACCUCCAGCAAUGCCUCUGAGCACGAGCAGAGCUAUCCUUCCACAAGUCCAGCAGAGAUGUUACGCCGGCGGAAACAAUUCACUCGUGCUAGGAGACCAUGCUGUGCGUAUUACAGUGAACUGACUUUGGGACAGCCACAACUGCAUGCUCGGGAGUACACAGACAUUAGAAAGGGCUCCCCGGGAUUUAAUUUUCCACUACAGACACGCUGUAGUCGCCGCGCGACCCACCUUGCCCGCUCGCAGUGUCUCCCUCACCGGUACCUCCGGGCCGAGCGGCCGCCCCCCGCCCCCUCCGGCCGCGCAGCGCUGCCCGGGCCGCGCCGGGUGGGUCCCGCCCCCGCGGGAGCCGCGGCUGCCGCACCCACGGACAUCGGCCCCGCAGCCAGAGGGCGGCCGCGACCGGGGGCCGAGGGAAGCGCUGAGCCACCCGCCCGCCCCCGUGGCCAGAGAAGAGCCGCUGCCCCGCAGGUGGAGCCUUUAAAGCGGCCGGGCCGCCGGGAGCGCCGCGUUGAGGGAGGCUGCCGCUCCCCGUCCCGCCACGAGGGGGCGCUGGGCGGGCGAGGCGGCGCGGGAGGGGAUUUGCCUCAGGCGGUGGCGCAGGGACCGAUCCGCAAGAAGCCGCUGCCGGCGGCGUGUAAAUAUCCGAGUUUGGGCCAAAAUCACCUCGGGGCCGCGGUGGCAGAGCAGGAAGGUGACACAGAGCUGUGGGGAGCGGUUCGGCCGAGCGCCGGGGCAGCAGGAAACAGCACAAUGAAGGGAAGCUGCAAGCUGCAGCUCUGUAACACGUGCUGUGGCCUCCUUAGCCCUGUCUCUGGAAUCAUGGUCUGGCUCCUGCUUGUGAGGAAAAUCAAGGAUUCAGUGAAAGGAGCAAAGAGAAAUCUGACACAAGAUGAGGAAUGAUUUUCAAAAGGAAUCCAUGCAGUGAAUGUGAUGAACCGCCAAUCUGCCUGAUGCUACUACCCCAACUCUGUCCUUCAACAGAUUAAGUUCUCUUCUUACUUCACUGAGCAGCAGCAGAAAGUGAGUUUUAACAAGUGCAUCUGGAAAAUAGCACUUCAAAUACGAUCUAUCAAUACAUAUUAAGGGUUCUGCCAUGUGCUUCUGUUACUCAGAGACUUCAGCUGAGGACAGCAGCAUCAAAAGGAUUCGUAUUUUUAAAUCACAGUUGGAGGUUAAUUAUAAGCCCAGGCUCCAUCUGUUUAUAUGUUAAGGUAGAAGCAUAAAUAGUUCCUUUAAAACUAGGAGGGAGCUGUGUUUAAUUAAUGCUGGUUGUACCACCUGAGAGCAUUGGGUCUGCUUGGAAGGGAGUGCUAGAAGUGUGAACUACUAAAAAUUAGAGGAAGAUGGUGAUACUGCUGGGAGGGCUUGAAAGCAGGACUGUCCAUGGGAUGAGUGGCAAGGAAUGCUCGACUGCAGGACCUGGCAGGUACCAGGGAGCUGAGUCCUGAUCAAGAGAUCAGGGUUUGAAUGGGAAGUGAGGGGACAAACAGCUAUUUCUUAGCAACUUCAUGGAAAAGGUAAGCAAGGGCCUUCCAUCUGGCCUGUGGGUUAGCUGGAGAAGACUGGUCCCUCUUUGCUGAAAGUAGGGAAAAUGAGAAGAAUCUCUAAGAGAUGUGGACUGAGCUAAGCAGGAUUUCUGCAGUCUGCACAAGAGGAUGAAUGUGGACAUGAUUUUCUGAGCCUGAGAGAGUUUUCAGCCUGUUAGUGGCUGAUCAGUUCCCAAAGGAAAGUUUCCUGAGAACAUGUUUCUCUCAAGGACUGUUUUUUGUAAAUAGGUUUUUGGUUCUCAAAACAAUAUUGUACAGAUGUCCUGAGUGUUUUCUCUUGUUCCACCAAUGGGACCAGAGAGCUGUUGUUCCCUUUACCAAUCAUGUUAAACCUGUAGUGGAACACCUUAUAAAAGGGGCUGAAAACCCCAAAAUAAAGGCUUCUGCCUUCUUGGGAUGAAACCUCUGCUGCUGUGAUUUGAAUCUACUCUUCUAUUUUGU